CGGAAUGUCGACAUGUCAACAUUGAGCAACGCACGAUUAAGUAUACACAAGUGUCAAAAUAAUUGUGAUUGUAUUGUAACUGAUUAUUUUAAUGCUGUGAAUUUUUUUAUGUAGUGGAAUUGUUUGUUCAAAUUAAAAUAUCAAUCAACUUUGCAUAAUAUUCAUAAAACAUAUGUGAUAAAACUUUUUCAGCCCAUGGAAUUUGUAUGAACUAUUGUUGCAAAGUCCUUCCAGCUUGGGCCCGUGUCAUUCAUGGUGUCCAUGAAUUCGUCGCCACCAGUAGCAGCGAUGCCGGUGCAAGUACCUCCGGGCCACGUGCUCCAGCAGAUCGUCGACGAGAGCGGCACCGUGCGACACGUUCUGCUGCCCGCGGCAGCCGCCCACCACAUGCAAGGCGGACCACAUCACGUACUGCAUGCAGGCAAUUAUGUACCUGGCAACAUGACACAACAGCAAUACUAUCACACAGGACCCGUCCCUCCCAUGGGUUUUACUCCAGUCGGCCCACCACACUUCCAUCAUCCACCGAUGGCUGCACGGGGUUCCCACUAUGGACCCCCACAUACGAUGGCGCAGAGUUCACCGCCUCAGUCACCGUCUUCUGCCGGGUAUAGCAGAAAAGACGAAAGAACCCAAAAGCAAUAUGUGAAAUUGAAAAGAAAACUUGUUCAAAAGCAAAUACGAGAAGGUCAGCCUUCUGAAGAAGUUAUAAAUGGCCUAACAAAUAAUUCAUCACCAGUAGAUGAUGGGCCGUGUCAUGGAUCUGAGGAGAUGGCCGAAGAAGAAGAAACAGAUUCUGUCGAAGAUAUGUUAUCUACUAUAGCUGCGCCAAAUGUUAGUGAAGUUACGGCCAGGAGCGCUUUGCUCGUUUGGAGCGGACCAACGACCGAGCCAUGUGAUUAUCCAAUUAUUUAUGAUGUACUCUUAGGAGAUCCACGAUAUGGCAAAGAAGGUAGAUUCAAGUCAAUUUACAGCGGCACGGCUCAAUCGUGCCGAAUUCAAGAUUUGCGCCCAGGGCAGCAGUAUACGGUUUGUUUGCAGGCUCGCCUUGAUGGUCAUACUGGGGCUCCAUCCGAACCUGCAGUAUUCAUCACGUUGGCUUGUGAACCGGAUCCUCCAGCCGCUCCAAAACUGAUAAGCCGAACGCGUACAUCGUUGCAACUGCGAUGGAGCACUGCCGUUGAUAACGGUUCUCAUAUAUUACAUUAUUUGUUAGAAUACGACGAGGGUAAUGGAGGUACAAAUUUUGUUGAAUUAACUAAAAGCAAGGGCAAGCAGACCACCGUAACGAAAUUGCAUCCUAAUAAAACCUACAGAUUUCGACUUGCGGCCGUUAACGAUUGCGGACGCAGUAAUUUUUCAGAUGCCGUCGCGUACAGAACUGCCGGUUUUCCGCCUGCUCAGCCAGCUGCUCCUGAACUUCAUAGCGCCUCGCCCUCUAGUUUGCAUAUUAAAUGGAGACGCCAAGCUCAAGAUGAAGACUAUACAUUGCAGAUGGAAGACCCUUCGACUAAACAUGGAUUUUUAGCUGUUUAUUCUGGUAACGCUACUGAAAUUAAAAAGGAUGGUUUGCGGAGAAAUAGCGAGUUUAGAUUUCGAUUGCAGGCGCAAAAUGAUGAGGGAAAGUCUACGUGGAGCGAAACUGCUACGUUCCAAACACUGCCCGAUAGACCUUGUGCCCCGUCAAAACCAUUUGUUAAGGGCAAAAUGCAUGCGCAUUCUUUUAAAGCUAAAUGGCAGCCACCGGCAGAUAAAGGAGGAUCUCCUGUUCAUAAAUAUAAUUUAGAAUUAUCAUCAAAACAGAAAGAUUUUGUACUUAUAUACAGCGGAUCCGACACCGAGACAGUUUGUGAUCAUCUCGAACCUGGUACAGAAUACAAACUACGCGUCAACUGUGAAAGUUCUGGCGGGGUUAGUGAUUUUUCUGACACUGCAACCAUAAUCACAGAAGCAGUGUGCCCAGGUCAAUGUAAUUCACCAGUGUCUAGCAUGCGACCGGAGGCCACAAUGAUAGGAAUUCGUUGGGAAAAACCUUCCUACGAUGGAGGUGCUCCAGUAUUAGAAUACGAUGUCGAGCUUACCACACCAGAAAACGAAAAACGCGUGGCUUAUCAUGGUCCAGAUAAAGAAUGCAGGAUAUCUGAACUUCAACCUGGCAAAAUGUAUGCGUUUUCUGUUCGUGCAAUAAAUAGAGUAGGUGCAGGUUUAUGGUCUGAUAGUUUAUUUCUUUCAAGUGGUUCAGCUCCACCGAAUACACCAUCAGCCCCUGAGGUAAAUGUUUGCUCUCCAACUCACCUACACAUAAAGUGGAAUGAACCUUUAAACAAUGGUUCACCCAUCACUAGUUACCGUCUAGAGAUAUCAAAUACCGAUGAUGAUAGUUCUUAUAAUUUAUUGUAUAGUGGUUCUAAUAACUUUUAUGAUGCUCGCAAUUUGAUGGCAUUUACUUCAUAUUUUGUACGAUUAGCUGCUACAAAUAACGCAGGCACAAGCUCGUAUUCCAACUCGACGGCCACUUUUACUCCAGCUUCUGCUCCUGGAUCCAUGUGUCCCCCUCUUUGCGAGGCGACACCGAACGAAAUUUCUGUCAGUUGGAAAUCGCCAAUAUCAAAUGGUUCUGACAUAAUCCAGUAUAAUGUAGAAUAUGGUGAUCAAAUUAUUAGAACUGACGGCGAUACAACUACCGUAGUACUAGACAAUCUUCGCCCAGAAACGCAAUAUCGCAUUAGAGUACAAGCUGUAAACAAUGUAGGCAAUGGACCAUUUUCUUCGCCUAUUAAAAUAUGCACUCUUCCACUGCCUCCUGCACCUCCUGCUCUUGAAGUGGCAGGCGUCGGUCACAACUUUUUGAAAUUGAAGUGGGGCGAUGGUCGCAAUUUGAAUUUCACACAAUAUUAUGUCGAGAUGUUCAAUCAAAGGGCCCACGAAUAUCAGAGCAUAUACCAAGGCAUGGCUUUAACUUGCAAAGUUAAUAAGCUUCAAGAGCAAACAGCAUAUACAUUUAGAAUAUGCGCAUCAAACGAUGAAGCCGGCCAAGGAUAUUUCUCAGAACCAGUAACGUUUAGCACGAGUAUAGCUCCUCCUAGCGGAUUGAAAGCUCCAAAAAUGGUAGACGUCACGCUAAACACAUGUUCCAUUGAUUGGGUACCGUGUAAAAGUAAUGUCGGAAACUUGGUAUAUUCUGUCCAGUAUUCAAGUAUGAAGGAUCGUGAAUUCAAGCAGGUAUAUAAGGGUGAGGCAACUAAAUUCACAUUAAUCGACUUGGAACCGGACUGCGAGUACCUAGUUCGCGUGGUUCCCAUACGUCUACUAGGCACGUCGGAUCAGGGUGAAGAGCUUGCAGGGCCAGCAUCUCCUGUUUUGGUUGUGAAUACACUUGGAGACAAUCAGGACGCUGUGGACUCUGCUUCAACUUCAGGCGCUUCAUCCAGGACUCAACCUGAUGCAAAUGCAACACCUGUAAGGGAACGUAAAUCGGGCGCUUCUUAUGGACGUAGUUACAAUUCUGGUGAACGCAGACCCCUGUCCGAUCAACAGAAAGCAGGUAUAAUUAUUUUUGCGCUCUUUAUUUUUGCGCUCGUAGCGGCCUUCGUGACCGAGGAAUAUAUCAAUUGGCACAAAACCACGUAAUACUAUAGGAUAGGUUUUUAGAAACCUCAGCUGGUAAAUGAAACAUAUAAUUAUACUAGGCAUUUCAUGACAGCGCGUGGUAGAUCUUCCUUUAAAUGGAUUUUAAAUUCGUAUUUUAUUUUAUAUUUAUAUUUUUUAAGAAUUAUCUGGUUUUUUAAAUUCUACGUAUAUAAUUGCGAUAAGUGAUGUUCAAGUUUAGCAAUGACCUAAACGAAGUAAAGUAUAUGAAUUAUUCCUUUCGCUACACGAGUGUCGCUUCGUCGCACUACUGUCGUUCGAUGUUGGAGCACUACUGAAAUGACCAUACAAAACAACAUGUUUUAUGAAAAUUACUCUUCUAGACAUCUAAAAAUUGCAAUAAUAAUUAAUAUUUUAAAUUAAGUCGAGUGGAUGUCGUCCAUGAACGACACUCGUAGCGAAAGGCUUAAUGCACUAGCCUGAAAAGACGGAAUAUAUAAACUCCAACAUUGUCAAUUUAUAUGUUACUUUUUACAAGUUCCAUAUUGGUUGAAUUUACUUUGGAUAUAAUUCUGUGAAUGACUUGUAGUGUUAUCUAUCUGUUUCUCGUGGCGGACUUUUAGGAUCAAAGAUUAGAUCGGAAAUGGAUUUAUCAUAUGGAAAUCUGUGUUAGCAUGAAUCAAAUAACAUAUAAAUAGUAUAAGAAAUAUUAUUAUUGGCGGCGCUAGCUUCGAGUGGGCGUUGGCAAAAUGAAGGUUUUCGGGGUCCUCCUUAGUCUUUAAAUUUAUGAGUAAAUGAGGUUAAUUACCAAUCAAAUGAUGGGAAAAUUUACACAUUAAAGAAUUAAAACCUUUUUGAUGCCAUCUGAAGCGCGAGGCUAAUUCUGGCGUCUAACAACUUCACUGAAUAUUAUGCUAAAUUGUCCACAUUCUUCAGGGUUACAAAUAGUUUUUAAUGACGGUAAAAAUAUUCAGUGCAUGAGAGGAUAAAAGGGAUAACUUUUGCGUAAAUGGUUUUUAUAUCCAAUAGUAAUUAUAAAACUGUAUGGUUAAAAAUUAGAUUGUUUUUAUGAAUUAAUUGUAAAUAUUAUUGCUUACGUUAUAAAUUACGAAAUUUAACUCGUGUCACAUACACCAAUAAGUUUAGAUGAAGACCUGGAAAUAUGAGAAAUAUAUUUAUUUUAUAUAGCUUAGGUCUCAUAUAUUACGAAAAUUAUUGAAAUAUCAUGCAACUACUUUUUGUGACGAAAAGUUGGUGAGUUUAUUAUAUUCGGAAUUAUAGCUUCUUUUCCUGGUUAAACGUGGAAUUUCCUGAUGGUUCUAGGAUAUUUGCAAAUAAACUUGAAUUUACUUAUCUCAUAUCACGACAGACCUAUGAGCGUCUCUGUGCUAAAAUAAAGA